GCUCUUCACGGGCCUGCCGCCCCACCAACCACUUCCGCUCGUCUCAUCACCCCUCCCCCAACUCUGAUGCGGCUGGCCUGAGACCUCUAGGGCAGGCAGGCCCGCCGCGGCUCUGGGCGGCACCGGCUCCCUGCACCGUGACGGCAGGCCCUGAACAAUGAUAUACACAGCCCGUGUGGACAAUUUUUACCUCACUCCAGAGGCGCUGGCGGCCAGCCCCAGCCGCGCCGACGGCAUCGACGAGGCCACGGAGCAGGAGCUGCGCCACUACUGCUGCGACGUGGUGGCGGAGGCGGCGGUGCUGCUGCGCCUGCCGCAGGUCGUCGCGGUCACCGCCCAGGUCCUGGUGCAGCGCUUCUACUGCAAGCGCUCGCUGAAGAAGUUUGAUGUCACGCACGUGGCCAUGGCUGCCUUCUGGCUGGCCUGCAAGCUGGAGGAGGUGAUCGAGAUCGACAACCCGCAGCGCCUCUCGCUGCGCGCCGUCAUCCAGGUCGUCGACCGCAUCGUGCGGCGGCGCGACGGGCGCUCCCUGGCCAUCAUGGACCCUUACUCGCAGCGGUACGAGGAGAUGAAGCAGCAGGCGGUGAAGGCGGAGCGCCACAUGCUGCGCGCCUUUGGCUUUGUGCUGCACGUGGACCACCCGCACCGCUUUGUGCUCAACUACUGCCAGAUGAUGGAGUGCGGCAAGGAGCUGCGGCAGGAGGCGUGGAACAUGGCCAACGACAGCCUGCGCUCCACGCUGUGCGUGCGGUACCGCUCCGAGGUGGUCGCCUGCGGCAUCCUCUUCACCGCGGCGCGCAAGCUCAAGGCGCGCGCUGGAGGGGGUGCCGCGCCAGUGGGGAGGGUCGCCUGGGGGCCCAUGGAGGGGUAG